AUGAAAAAUCAUCAAAAUGACAAAACAGUGGAAAUAAGGUCAACCUCAAAUGAAAAGGGACAGAGGUAUAGUCGUACUGAUCAAGAAAUGUCCCCAAAGAACUUAGCACGGUCUGUGGUCCCCGCCAUUGACUUGUAUUGCCGCAAGGCAAACUUGAAAACGCUAAAAUACAUGUCUUUGAUCCUGUGCAAUAAGAGUUCGCAUGAUAGAAAAACACCGGUGCGAAGCUUUAUGGUGGCUCGUUGUGCCGUUUUUGAGCAAUUGAGGACCCGUUUGAUUGACGAGGGCAAAAUCAACCUGUUUAGCGUGUUAUUGAAGAAGAAUUCGUUUGCAUUUUGCAAGAUGACUAUUGACAAUAAUUUCAAUACCAGUUUGGUCAAUUGGCAGAGCAUACCAAUCGAUUAUACAUUUGCACCCGAUAACAAACAACGUAUGGGGUUGGUGCCCACCGAUACGCUCUUCGCGACCGAAAAGAUCAUAUCUCUUCUUGGGGUAUCACCCAAAAUGACCAAUUUUGUCUCCAUAGAGAGGUACCGAACGCCCCUAAUGGACUUCACAGACAAGCUACAAUCAAACAUCCUGGAACAUCUCCUAUACGCCAAGUGCCAAGGGGUACGGCUUUCUUCUACAGACGAAAAACCUCGCCUGCUUGCAGCCAUUUGCAAUCCUGAAUUCAUCAAUGCCUUCUGGUGCCAGUUGACCCCCAUUAGGGCCUCGUUAAAGAAAAACCGCUUUGUUGCUGUUCCUCAGGAAUUUCAAAUACAGGAUGCGUCUGUACUGACUGCUAUAAAGGAGAUUGUCACAAAGCGAAUAUUGCGAUCCGCUUUUGAUGGAGACACCAACUCAUCAAAGGGUCUGCAUUUGGAUAGUAGCUGGAAGUUCAGGCUUCCCAUUCUGGCCUCGACACCUGACCUCGAUUUCUCUCUAAAGGAUUGUCUUGGCUUGGAUACUAGAGAAGAUACAUUCGACAUGACGGAAGCAUUCCUCUCUAACAUGGCUUGGAGUAAAAGUCUUUGUACGUAUAAUAACAUAGCGAACAUUGUGAUGAAAGACAACGGUAGAUUCGACUCGGGCAUUUUAAAGGAGUUUAAUAACUACAUCAAGCUAGAAAAGACUGAUUUACAAGACUUCCAAGCUGUCUCGUCGGAAUUUCUCAAAGACAUAAAACUAAAACCCUAUAUGUAG